AUGGACGACUCGAUCAAUAACGUCGUCUCUUUCCAACAGAAAGAAAACAAGGUUGCAGAUAAGGUCCCGUCGCAGCUCAAUCAUUGGGUGGAAUUUUUCUUUGAACUUCGCGAAGAGGGAUUUAUUGACGUCUCAGGAAGCUUGAACUGGUAUCUCAGCCACCACCGACACAGCUGUUGGCUAAAGAGCUAUGGCCAUCGUUAA